GCGGUCAGGACAGCUCCCGUGGACGGCGGGUGGCCCUCGGGGCCCUUCCCUGCAGCCGGGACGGCGGCCGGCUGGGCCGGGCCGGGGGUGGGAAGCUGGGGCGCGGCGGCCCCGCCCAGGCAGACCCGGGGCGGGGGCCGGUUCCCAUAGGGAUCGCGGGCCGAGCCACGCCGAGCCGAGCUGGGCGGAAGAAGGCGAGGCGGGAGCCAGGCCCGGCCCAGACCGCCGCGGCGCCGUGAGUCCCGGGCGGGCAAGGAGGCGCGGGCCGUCCCGGGCCAACACGUGGCACCGCUCCAUGCUGCGCGGCGCGGCUGGGGUGCACGUCCGGGCGCGGGAGGGUUUUCCUGGUCCCGGGGGCGCGGGGCGCGGGGCGCGGGUUGGUCUCCUGCGGCCAAGCCUCGCCGCCGCCUCCGCGGGGAGCCGGGAGGUGUCUUCUUGCCGCAGGGAAAUGAGACCCGAAAUUAGAACCGGGGAAGCCCUUAGCCCUCCCCGUGCUCCAGCCAGCUCAGGUGUCUUAGAUCGGAUGAACGAUAACGUUAAAAAGAUAGAUUAUCUUACAGCUCGGCUCGUUUUGGGAUGGACCGUGACAAACACUCAUCGUUGGGUGGGGCUCUAGUGCAGUCCGUUGGUGCCAAUAUUUUAUAAGCGACGUUUUCAAACUAUGUGAAGAUCCUUUUCUUUUCUUUUGAGACGGAGGCUCGCUCUGUCGCCCGGGCUGGAGUGCAGUGGUGCGAUCUCGGCUCACUGCAACCGCGCCUCCCAGGUUCAUGCGAUUCUUCUGCCUCAGUCUCCUGAGUAGCUGAGACUACGGGCGCCCAUCACCACACCCGGCUAAUUUUUUGUAUCUUUAGUAGAGACGGGGUUUCACUAUGUUGGCCAGACUGGUCUCGAACUCCUGACCUCAGGUGAUCUGCCUGCCUCAGCCUCCCAAAGUGCUGGGAUUACAGGCGUGAGCCACCACUCUCGGCUGAAGAUCCAUUUUAAGAAGAUUUAUUCCUCUAUGAUGGAGAAGUAUGAAAAAAUUGGGAAAAUUGGAGAAGGAUCCUAUGGAGUUGUUUUCAAAUGCAGAAACAGGGACACGGGUCAGAUUGUGGCCAUCAAGAAGUUUCUGGAAUCAGAAGAUGACCCUGUCAUAAAGAAAAUCGCCCUUCGGGAAAUCCGAAUGCUCAAGCAACUCAAGCAUCCCAACCUUGUCAACCUCCUGGAAGUCUUCAGGAGGAAACGGAGGCUUCAUCUGGUGUUCGAAUAUUGUGACCACACAGUUCUCCAUGAGUUGGACAGAUACCAAAGAGGGGUACCAGAACAUCUCGUGAAGAGCAUAACUUGGCAGACACUGCAAGCUGUAAAUUUUUGCCAUAAACACAAUUGCAUACAUAGAGAUGUGAAGCCAGAAAAUAUCCUCAUCACAAAACAUUCCGUGAUUAAGCUUUGUGACUUUGGAUUUGCUCGGCUUUUGACUGGACCGAGUGACUACUAUACAGACUACGUGGCUACCAGGUGGUACCGCUCCCCUGAGCUGUUGGUGGGGGACACGCAGUACGGCCCCCCGGUGGAUGUUUGGGCAAUUGGCUGUGUCUUUGCUGAGCUGCUGUCAGGAGUGCCUCUGUGGCCAGGAAAAUCGGAUGUGGAUCAGCUGUAUCUGAUUAGGAAGACCUUGGGGGAUCUCAUUCCUAGGCACCAGCAAGUGUUUAGCACGAAUCAGUACUUCAGUGGAGUGAAAAUUCCAGACCCUGAAGAUAUGGAACCACUUGAAUUAAAAUUCCCAAACAUCUCUUAUCCUGCCCUGGGGCUCCUAAAGGGCUGUCUCCACAUGGACCCUACUGAGAGGCUGACAUGUGAACAGCUGUUGCAUCACCCAUAUUUUGAAAACAUCAGAGAAAUAGAGGAUUUGGCAAAAGAACAUGACAAACCAACAAGGAAGACCCUAAGAAAGAGCCGAAAGCACCACUGCUUUACAGAAACAUCCAAGUUGCAGUACCUACCCCAGCUAACUGGCAGCAGCAUCCUUCCAGCUUUGGAUAAUAAGAAGUACUACUGUAAUACCAAGAAACUUAACUACCGUUUUCCAAACAUUUAAAGGAGCUAGGAGACAUGAUUUUAAAAAAGGAAUCAAUAGAUGCUUUGAAGAAAAUAAAACUUAUACAGUUGAUUGAAAACAAUUACAAUGUUGAAAACACACCAGGAGAAAACAUAAGCAAGAAACUGGGAGGCCAAUUGGCAAGAUAUGAAGGGAAAUGCCAGAUCCCGUCUUCCAUGCUUGAUGAUGGUGUCCAGAAAAGAAAGAAAAAACCUGUUUGGAGUUGCACUUGCAUUUCAGUUUAUGUAAGUAGCCGAACUUAUGGACAGAAUAUGAACUGUCCCAUACCUCUGGCAAAACCAGAUGUAUCAAAAAGAUUUAUGCUUCAGUUGUACCACAUGCCACACAAGAAAAAUGGACUACAAAAUGCCCACAUAUACUUCCUCGGAUCUCUAUUGCCUGAGUCCUAUCUCCUGCCUCUCAGAUUGUUUCAGCAUCAUAUUUAAGAUAGUUCUAUUUCUUGAAAUCAAAUGUUUAAAAUCCCA